AUGAUAGGAGCCUUUAAAUCUAAGCAGAGUCCUCUCUGUCCCCAGGCGACUGCCGUGUACCAGGCCAAGGAGAAACUGAAGUCCAUCGACAAAGCCAGGAAGGGGAGCAUCUCCUCAGAGGAAAUCAUAAAGUACGCUCACAGGAUCAGCGCCAGCAACGCCGUGUGUGCGCCGCUCAACUGGGUCCCCGGCGACCCCCGCAGGCCGUACCCCACGGACCUGGAGAUGCGCAGCGGCAUGCUGGGUCACAUGGCCAACCUGCCGACCAAUGGGGUGAACGGACACCUGCCGGGAGACGCCCUCGCUGCCGGGAGGCUUCCAGACGUCCUGACCCCUCACUACCCGUGGCAGUCUUCAGAUGUUUCCGUGUCGAUGCUUCCUCCUCACCACGGCAACGACUUCGGCCUGGAGCCUCCGGGUCACAACAAGGAGAACGAGGACGACGUGGAGGCCAUGUCCACCGACUCGUCCAGCAGCAGCAGCGACUCCGACUGAACAGAGUGUGUGUGAGAAAGUGUGUGUGUGUGUGUGUCGGGGUCACCAGUGAGCAACACCUGAUCAAAUAUCUCCACCUGUGGUCAGUGCAGGAGUCGUACGUAAGGCAAAGACGAAAACAUACGGUUUGUAAUUGAAAGAUUUAUUAGAUUUUUCUCGGACACGUUCAUUUUAUUUCACCUCCACAUUAUUUUAAUUAUCAAAUAACUGUGUGUGGUAAAAAAAGUCUGGAAACAGCAUUUAGAGAGGAGAUGUUACCUAAUAGAUAGGGAAUAUUUGAUCCAAUAGGAAUGGCAGCUCUCGCUAAGGAGGCUUGAGAUAGAAAAUGGAGCCUGCAGUAAAUACCUGAAGUUACAGGAGCUCAUCUGCAGUGAGUCUGACUGAGAGCAGCUCGUGGCCCUGCAUCCUGAAUGAGUUGGGCUUGUUAGGGUUUGGGCUCCAUCAGAAACCCAGAGUCCCCUUCUCUCUGGUGACCCGUGUUUGAACCUGUUUUGUUCAUCUGAGCAUAUUGUCCCCUGUGUGUGUUUGUUAAAUGCCAAUAUAGACUCGUGCUGUAGUUCACUUCUGUGUAAAUAGUGUUGUACAUAAUCUGCCUUGUAAAUAAAUCAUUUUUUU